AUGGGUCCAGUCCCGGCGAUAUCUGUCCUGUUUUUGGGCAUCGUGGUCCCUUCCUUUGCCGCCUAUAUUGAGGCACUAGCAGCCAAUGCCGGCAUCGGGUUUGCUGUGGCCGAGCCGCAGGUGGCCAUGUUCUGUGGAAAGCUCAACAUGCACAUCAACGUACAGACCGGCCGAUGGGACCCUGACCCGUCCAGCACCAAGAGCUGUGUAGGAACCAAAGAGGGGGUUCUGCAAUACUGUCAGGAGAUGUAUCCUGAGCUCCAGAUCACGAAUGUGGUAGAGGCCAACCAACCAAUCCGCAUCGAGAACUGGUGCAAGAAGGACAAGAAGGUGUGCAAAGGACAUGCCCAUAUCGUGGUGCCUUACAAAUGUUUAGUGGGUGAGUUUGUGAGCGACGUACUUCUAGUUCCCGAGAAGUGCAAGUUCUUCCACAAAGAGCAUAUGGACAUGUGUGUGAGCCACCAGCAGUGGCACAGCGUCGCCAAGGAGGCUUGUGUCAAGAGCUCCAUGGUGCUCCACAGUUAUGGCAUGCUUCUGCCCUGUGGCAUCGACAAGUUCCAUGGGACUGAGUACGUCUGCUGUCCGGCCACACGCUCAGAGGAGGCAGCCCCAGCCCCCCCAGCGCCGCCUGCUCAGGAGGACACGGACGAGGAUAUUGAGGAUGAGGAGAUUGAUGUGGUCGACCUCGAUGAAGAUAAAGUAGUGGAGGAAACUGAGGCGCCUGCUGCAGAACUGCCCACACUGGAAGGAGAGGAGGAGGAGGAGGAGGAAGAAGAAGAAGAAGAAGAGGAGGAGGAGGAGGAGGAGGAGGAGGAGGAGGAGGAUUACCAUGACAUCUACGAGGAUGAAGACGCAGAGAAAGAAGAGAAGAAAGACAGCAGCCGCAUGACGCAAGAGGAGGACAAGGUUCUGGAGGAGGUCAAAGCCGUGUGCACCUUGGAGGCUGAGACGGGGCCGUGCCGUGCCUCCAUGCCGCGCUGGCACUUCGACAUGAGUCAGAGGAAGUGUGUGCGCUUCACAUACGGAGGCUGCGCCGGCAACCGCAACAAUUUCGACUCAGAGGAGUACUGCAUGUCCGUGUGCAAGCGCCUCAUACUGCCCCCAACUCCUCAACCCACAGACGACGUCGACAUCUACUUUGAAACUCCCGCUGAUGACAAGGAGCACAGUCGCUUCCAGAAGGCCAAGGAGCAGCUCGAAAUCAGGCAUCGCAACCGCAUGGAGAGGGUUCGAAAGGAGUGGGAGGAAGCUGAUCGUCAGGCUAAAAACCUUCCUAAGGCCGAGAGGCAGACAUUGAUCCAGCAUUUCCAGGCCAUGGUGGAGUCUCUGGAGGAGGAGGCAGCCAGUGAGAAGCAGCAGCUGGUGGAGACUCACCUCGCCCGGGUGGAGGCCAUGCUCAACGAUCGCAGACGUCUGGCCCUGGAGAACUACCUGGCCGCCCUGCAAGCGGACCCCCCCAGACCUCAUCGCAUCCUCCAAGCCCUGAGGCGCUACGUCAGAGCUGAGAACAAAGACCGGCAGCACACUAUCCGUCACUACCAGCACGUCCUGGCCGUGGACCCCGAGAAGGCCGCUCAGAUGAAAUCACAGGUGAUGACCCACUUGCGUGUGAUCGAAGAGAGGAUGAACCAGAGCCUGUCUCUGCUCUACAAGGUCCCGUAUGUGGCUGAGGAGAUUCAAGAUGAAAUUGACGAGUUGCUACAGGAGCAGAAAGCCGACAUGGACCAGUUCCUCUCUUCAAUCUCAGAAUCACAACCAGACAUCACAGUGUCGUCUGAGGAGAGUGUGGAGGUCCCUGUGUCAGAGAUCAUCAAACCCUACCGGCCCAUCCAGGUCAACUCCCUAGGGUCCCGACCAGAGCCUGAAGGAGAUCUAUCAGACUCCCCGCGUUCCUUCAAGAAAGGUUGGUGCCUUUGCUCCAUCUUGUUUUGUCCCCAGCUCUCCCCUUGUUCCUCCAGCUCCCUCGUGAUUGAUGAGUCUCUGGAUGUUAAAGAAGUGCUUUACAGUGCAGAGAGAGUCAGCGUUAUGCAUGGUGAUGAGCUGAUGGAGCCCUACCGGCCCCUGGGAGAAGAUUUCAGCUUUGGGAGCAGUGCCUUUAUUGGCCUGUCGGUGAUAGCUGUGGCUAUAGCAACUGUGAUUGUAAUCAGCCUGGUGCUUUUGAGGAAGAGGCAAUAUGGCACCAUCAGCCAUGGCAUUGUAGAGGUUGACCCAAUGCUGACACCCGAGGAACGCCACCUCAACAAGAUGCAGAACCAUGGCUAUGAAAACCCCACCUACAAAUACCUGGAGCAAAUGCAGAUCUAA